AUGGAGGAAUGGGAGACCUUUGUUCGUUCGCUCGCAGAGAGGUAUGGAUUGCAACAGCAGCAGAGCCAGUCCGAGAGUCAAGAGGAUCAAGAACAUCGUUGGGUAACCUCCUCCGUCAAGAAGCAGCACGACGACGACGACCGCUACGUUCGGGAUGAUGCUGGCAUGGCCCCGAGCCAAGAUCCUGUGCUGCCCUGCGUUCUUGAAUGCAGUACCAGCAGUACGACCGAAGGAUAUAAUGAUUGCCAGGAAUCGGCUGCGGCCCAAGGUAUCACUGCUACCUUUGCCAGCCGUACACACAAGAUUCUUUCCCCAGGCCCGGCUGCUGCUGUCUCGCGCCUCGAGCGCAACACCAGUAGCCCAGUCGCAGAUGUUUCAUAUAAUAGGCCAGCCUCGCCAACUUCCGUGCUAGCGGCUGCCCACACAUGUAGUAGCAGCGACAGCAGCGCUGCCACAGACGUCCCCUUCAACCGCGGCCAAUCGUCGGAUUGUAAUCUGCUCCCCGUCGCCAACACUCUACUCGCGGAUGCGGGUUUCCCUCCAAUCACAAAACCGCUUUCCGGGGAGCAGCUGCUGGGAACUGUAGUAGACCUCGCCCGGGAAUACGUACGAAGAGAGAGCUUUAUUCAGGAGCUUUUAGAGGAGGCGGAGAGGAGUCGCAGACAAGAGGAGCAGAGCAACCUUCUCUUGGUACGGCAGGAUGGCGAACUGCAACUGUGGAAGAAGAAGUUGGCGUCAUCGGAGCAACGGUCGCAGGCAGCUCUGUCUGCAGCCGCCAAGGCUGCCUCAAGGUUUCGGAGGGAGGUCCAGUCCCUCGAGGCCACCAACUCAAACCUCCAACAGCGCUGUAGCCAACUGGAACACAACUGCCGGUCUAAAGAACGGGACGCUCGCAAGUACCAGACGAGGCUGCUGGAAUCGAUUGAAAAGGAGGAGAGCCAGCGGUCAAAGGAUGUCGAGUGCUACAGGAACCUUAAGAACAAGGUCAUGCGAGCACGCCAGGCACGAGGAGCAAGCGGUGGUCUCGACUGGAAUCUCCUGUCCCGAGACCUGAAGCCGUUACAGCUGGUAAAGUCGACUUUCAGUUUUUGUGGUCCGACUCUCCCUGCUUGCUGAUGAGACCACAGGUGGGCAUUUAUGAGAAGCAAAAGGCGACAAUGGCCUGGGAGCUGGGCGCCUUGCGCUCCCAAGUGACUUCGCUGUGUCACGAGCUCCAGCACAAGGAGAACAACGCUGCCGCCACCCGACAGCACGAUGUAUGUAUGCCCGAUGCAUUGCUUCAAACACUCAAAGUUCCACCUCGUGCAGAUUACGGACCGUUGCGGUGGGAAAAAUCACUUGUUAGAGCAGCUUUGCUACAAGCUGCAGGUUGGGAGUGCCACUCAGUUGGCGGUGAGAGCACUCCGCUUGAUAUGCUUCCACCGCUGAUAUUCCCUCUCUUGCGUGAGCCAGGGUGCAGUCGAAAGCUUGCUUAUGGUCAAUACUGCAGUCCCGUCUUUGGAGGAUUUUGUGGAACAAGUCUGUGACGUCGUCCUGGUUGCUGGACGGGAGUUUCUUCCAAGGUGACGACGAACCUACGAGUAGCUCAAGUCUCUUGCCCGUACUGAUAUUAGUUUGCUGUUAUGCCAGACCCACAGAAAGUCCGUGCGAAGUUCCCAGAAUUCUCGAGGGGUGGCUGGAUGUUCUGUCUGCGGUAACUAGAAGCCAAUCGAUCUCGUAGCUAUUUGAUGAA